AUGUCGAAGCAUCAUCCCGAUUUGAUCAUGUGCAGACGUCAGACUGGCAUCGCCAUCGGACGUCUCUGCGAGAAGUGCGAUGGGAAAUGUCCUGUCUGUGACUCUUAUGUGCGUCCUGAGACUCUUGUCCGCAUAUGCGACGAAUGCAACUUUGGCACGUUUGGUGGGAGGUGCAUCAUCUGCGGUUCUCCAGGUAUAUCUGAUGCGUACUACUGCGCUGAGUGCACGCGCUUGGAGAAGGACAGAGAUGGUUGCCCCAAGAUCGUGAACCUGGGAGCCAGCAGAACGGACCUGUUCUAUGAGCGUCGUCGUUUAGGCUUCAAAAAGGGAUGAGCUCCCUGUGCAGAUUUGUCCACACUGUUGUACUUUGACACGUGCUAGUCCAGGACGUGAAUGCAUUUCGAUGUUAUCGAACAUAUGUGUACAACAUGAACCAGUGAAUGAUAUAAAU